UGGAAAGAGCUCGGGUUAAUUUCGAGUGUUAUCUGCAAUCUAGAUGUUUAUAAAUCAUUUCAGUCGUUGAUAUAAUAAUUAAAGGUCGACUGAACAUGAAUUAUAUUAUACAAUUUAAAGCGCAUUUCUGUUUAAGCACGUGAACCCGUCUAACGUUAUUUUCGCAGUUAUAUAAAGUAGCAAAUUAUCGUUCCUGAAUAGGUGGCGCCGUGGUAGCGGAUCCUGUUCCUCUACUUCCGGUUUCUGCACUGUGCAACUAUUUCAGUUAUAUUUCUAAUUAACGAUGCCAAGUACUUGUUGUUGUGUACCUGGAUGUCAUUUAAGAGGAGGACAUGCAUUUCCAAAUGACUUAAAAAGAAGGAAAAGUUGGAUCAACGCCAUGGCCCAUACGCAGAUUGGACGAGAACACGAUGAUAUCGUGGAGUCCAUCUCAAUCAGCUGUUGUUUGCAAGGCACGUUUUACUGAAAAAGACUAUGUGCAGGAAACUAUUCAUGGGCGCAAACCCACCAUACAGAGACUUAAGUCUACUGCAAUUCCCAGCCUAUUUUCCUGGACCAAGCAAGAGACUGAAUCGUCCACUAAAAGAAAAAUCAGGGCAGUUUCCUGUGAAAACAAAAGAACUAAACUUGAUGAAUAUUGUAGUAGAAAUCUAGAGGAAAGUUUUGAUUGUAAAGUUGGUUUUCCUGAAGAAGUCAUUCAUACUGCAGAAAGGAUUUAUGACUGUCCACCACCAACUGCCGAGCUAAUGUUGAGCUUCACAGAUGGAAUUACGCAAACACCAUCAAUGCCUAUGUUUUCAGCAGAGAAUUUUGAAAUGAAGACACGUGACACAGCCAUGCAUUUUUAACCGGUUUAGAGUUGUAUACUAAAUUUUUAUUUGUUUUGACCACACUUGGUCCAGCAGCACAUUGUUUGAGAUACAUAUAUUUUCAAAUUGAUAGGGUGUCAGUUGAAAAUCAGUUUUUUUAUGACUUUGAUGAAAUUGAGGCAUCAUACAACCAACUUUGAACUGUCUAGAUUCUAGAUUGAAUCUAGUGUUAAGAAUAUUGUGUACACAUGGAUUGUUUUUAUGCCUAAACAGUGGUGUGAGGCUAACACUUGGCCAUCUAGUGGUUUAGUCAGGUAUUUUUCACCAUCCAACUUCAAAUUAAAGUUUCCUACGACUUGGAUUAUUAUUGACAGCACAGAAUAUCCCGUGAUAAAACCUAAAGCUCCUAGAGCUCAGGCAACCUUUUCAUCAAAUAAAAACAGAAACACUGAAAAUUCUUGAAUGUUCGACACCUGGUGGUUUAGUCAACUAUGUCUCUAUGUCACAUAGAGCGAAUUAUUGGACUUGGCAAAACAUACAAAAUUCUAAUAAAUCCUAUGAAUGGAACUGAAACAAAACUUUCAUCUGAAAUAACAUUUAGUUGUUUUAUGUUGUGUAAUUUUAGAACUUGUAUUGUGCCAAAGGAUGCAUAAAUAAAAGUGACGCAAUGAA